AUGCAAUCUCCAUCCAACCCCGAAAGAUCUCUCAAUCCAACAAACAUCCACAGUGCGAAGAAGAACACAGUGAUCAUUAUACGGGGAAACAACAAACUUGGAGCAGAUGAACUUGCCUAUUUGACACAAAAGAGCGCUUUCAUAAUACCACCGCGCCCCUUUCGAUUCACGCUUGUUCGAGCCUACAUUAACAAUAUUCAUCCUCGUGUGCCAUUCGUCGAUAUCAAGAAAUUACUGCACGCCAUAUCAAAAGAAGAUCCGAGCCAACAUAUUAGCAUUUUACUGCUUCAAGCAAUAUUAUUUGCCGGAUCUGCCUCCAUCAGCGCCGCGGAGCUAUCUGCAACAGGCUCUAUAAACAAAGCCACUGCUUGUGGUGAAUUCUUUGCCCGAGCUCGCAGUUUGUUUGACUUGGAUUACGAGAAAGACCGCUUGACGGUCAUCAAGUCGCUUGUGCUAUUAUCCUUUUGGAAAGUCAAGGGAACAGAGAAAGAUCCACGACACUGGAUGGGUAUAGCCGUGUCCCUUGCUUAUACAACGGGCUUGCAUCGCUUCCCGGAUCGCCGAAUCUCGGUGGCAAGCCAGCGAGACCAUAUACGAACCUGGUGGAGCUUGUUUUGCUGUGACAGAAUGUUGUCGCUGAGUGCCAAACGGGCUGGCAUCAUCGAUGAUGAUGCUUUCGAGACCCCAAUCUUGACACUGACUGAUUUUGAAUUUUCAACCUAUUCCCCCAGAGAAAUCUACGGGUUAGGCACAUCAGAAGUAUUCCAGGAUCUGGAAAUUCAAAAACGUCUCGCUUUAAUAUUCAUCGAGAAUGUGAAGCUCAGUCUUUGUAUUGGCCGGGUUAUCACUGCCCUAGAAUUUCCGAGAGGAGUUUCGUCUGAUUCAUUGAGUGACAUUUCUGGCGUGAGUCCUUCGCCAGAUGGCAUCAGCGUGCUCGCCAGAUUUUAUUGCAUACAAGAACUGGAAAGCUGGGUUGCCAGCCUUCCUGCUACCAUAACAGAACUUCCGCUGUUUUACUCGCUUUCGAGUGAGGCGAACAAAAUAUUCCGCUCGCAUUAUUGUGCGUUGAGAACACUGCAACUUGCAGCCUCGACUCUUAUUUACCAAUCACUGGAAAACAAUUAG